AAUAUUGUCAAUUUGUGACAUUUUUCCAUGUAGAAUUUUCAAUUUUCCGAAAUACUUGGGACUAAAUGGGCGCUUUAAAAUUCCAAUUCCAUUGAAUCCGUAUAUAGUGGAUUUUAAGUUUUGAGCCAAUCAAUCAGCACAAAAACACCUCGAAUGCUAUUCAGCAAAUUCAACAGCAGACCACCAUUCGAGCGAAAAAAACCAACAGAAUUGUACGAUAUCGUCGACAAAAUCAAAUCGUAUCCGAAAAGUUGCUGCGAAAAUUGUUGCGGAAACCGAGCAAUUGUCGAAAAACCAAGCAUGCAAAAAUCCAGUUCAAUUCCACGACCCGCAAAAUCGAAGGAUCUGGAAAAGUUCCAACGAACUUCGCCGUCAAUUCAAACCCUGUACAGAAACAGUAACGUGUGUAAACUUAUGGGCAGAAAUGUUCCAAAGCACAAUUUAAUGAAGAAGUUAUUGCAAAAUUUAGAUUCUGAUGGAGAUGAUUCAAGGAAAAGCUUUGCGAAAACAAAAAAGAAGAAAUUUUUUGUACAACGUGAAGUGAUUCGCACGGAUUUUGAUGUAAAUUGUAAAGCUAGAAAAAGUGGCGAUUGUAAGGUUGAGUCCAAGACAAAAAUGUCUCAAAAAGUUGACAAGCAAACCAGCACUACAGGCUUAUCAUUUGAAACUCUACAUUCAGCCAAUUGUUGCAAAUAUUGUAAAAGUAAACUUGCCAGUGGUAAUUUUGUUGUAGAAGAACCAAAAGUUUUAAGAUCUUAUUCUUUCGGACUACCUCCAAUAAUUUCUCAAAGAAGUUUGAGAAGUGAACAAAAUAAUUUCAGGAAAAUUAUCAAACGGCUAGACAUUGAUCCUCCAAUUCAUAAAGCAACUUCGAAGAAUAUUAACAGAGGAAAAACUUUUGUACAAAUACAAGUAGAAAGGCUGGAUAAACAGUUAAAAUUCAAUGCCAAACAUCCACAUUCAAGUUACAUUGGAUCGAGAAAACAUAAGAACACUUCGGAAAUUAAGCCAAACAAGAAAAUCGAAAAGGAGGCUAAAUUGGCCAAAGAUAAAAGUAGGGCCGCUGCUUACUUAGAGUUGAUGAAUAAAGUCAAAGAGGCUUGUCCACAACUGCACCUUUCAAAUAAUUCAAUAAAAAGCGAAACUGGUUGGUCAGAUUAUUCUGCUCCCGAAGAAUGCGUUAAAUUUCCGAAAGAAACCAGAACGGCAAUGGAUCAACGUUUAUACGAAAGAAGACCCUUGUCGAAAUUCACUAUGGUUCAACAUUGUAGGCCUGCUGUAAAUAUUAUUAACGAUGAUCGAUGUUCUGGCGAUUUGUGCCGCCAAGCUGAGCCUGAUAUAAAGGAGCCAAAAUGUAGUAAAGAAAAGUACAAAGUGAUUAGUAAUAGAUCAAAACUAUCGAUGCCCUGUAAGAAAAAUUUGCUUUGCGAUAAAGGAGAAUAUCAUACGGGCACUUGCGGCUAUACCCAUUGCAAUCGUAAUAAAGUAAUUUACUGAUUUUAUAUAAUCCUUAUAAAACUAGAUUUUUUGUGUUUCUUUUUUUAUUAUUUAUACACAAUUUUUUAUAAUAAAAUCUGGUAAAAACUGUC